UAACUGAUGACCAGCCAUUUAAAGUCACAUUAAGAUAAUUUUGAAACCUAAAGGUCACUUUAUAUUAAAACGACCAAUAUUCAAGAUAAAAACUUGAUAUUUCAUCAUAAAUAAUAGAAGGCCAGUAAUCCACAUUGACAGAUUGUUUGACCAUAAAAUAAAGGUACAUUCAAGCCAUUAAAAGAAAAGAUAAAACUUAAAAAGGAGCAGAAAAUAUGGAAAACGAAAUCAAAAUCUGAAAAAAAAUGAACUAUUAUUUUUCAUUUGGGAUGAACCUUAAACUUAUAUUUAAUGCGUUCGGAUUUACAUAGAUGCGAGCCAGAUACGAUUAUAAUUGCACUAUAUAGAAAGAAAUAAAAUCGAAAAUAUAUAAGAGGAGCGCUCAAGCACUAAACAAAAAAUAAAAAAUAAAAAGCAUCAUGCACCAUAUGGCCACGGCCUCCGAAGGACAUAUAUUUCUGGUUUUGUUGCUUUUGCAUAAGGAAAUGCUUGUCACCUACUCACCAUAUUAAGUCCCCUAUCAAGUUUCACACCCUCCCUUCCUCUCUCACUCUCUCUCUCCUCACAUCAAACGCACACAGUUUUUAGAGAGAGAGAGAGAAAGCAGAGAGAUUUCUUGCUCUUCAUCUUCCAUGGAGAAGCACAGAAUCUGCAAGAUCUGCAACAAGCGGUUCUCCAAUGGAAAAGCGAUGGGGGGUCACAUGAGGUCCCACCUCGCCAAGCUUCCUCUCCCUCCGAAGCCGCAGUCGCCGCAGCAGCAGCAGCAUCACCAACUCAGUAACUCGCCGGAGUCGUCGUCUCUUCCAUUUUCGACCUCGAACAGGGGCAUGCAUUCUUCUCUGGAUUCAGCCGUGGUCCACGACGACAGCGACAGCGAGUCCCACCCGAGAAACCCAACUCGGAGAAGAUCCAAGCGGCGCCGCAAAGUGAUUGGCAAAUCUUCGCCGCUGCCGUUCGAGGCAGAACAGGUGAGUUCUGUUUCCGAUACUUUUUCAACUGAAGAUGUUGCCAGGUGUCUCAUCAUGCUAUCGAUGGAUAAAUGGAAAAAAGUGAAAGUAAAAAAUGGGGUGGAUGAGUCCGUGGAGGAGGAGGAGGAAGAUGAGUCCGACAGCGGCGGCCGUUCAGAUUUUCGGAUCAAGGAUCGAGUCCGGAGUCAGGGAAAGUACAAGUGCGAGACUUGUGACAAAGUGUUCCGAUCUUAUCAAGCGCUCGGAGGGCACAGAGCGAGUCACAAGAAAACCAUCAAAACCCAAGUGUUUGAUGACUAUGAAGAGGAAGAAGAUGAAGAUUUUGAGGAAGAUGAUGGGCAGGAUGGUAACCAGGAUGUGGUGGAGAAUCACAGGACAUUUGAGUGCUGUGUUUGUUUCAGACAGUUUGAUUCCGGCCAAGCACUCGGUGGGCAUAAAAAAGUACACUACUACAAUAAUUUGACCAACAAUGCCCCUGCUAGGAAUGUUAAUUUAUCAUCAUCUUCUACUAAUUUUGUGGACAAUUUGGUCAUUGACCUCAAUCUCCCUGCACCAGAGGAGGAGGAAGAAGAAGAUGAAGAGGUAAGCCAGGUUGAAUUCUCAACAGUUUCCGAUUGAUGCAGUUCAAAGAAGUGCUUUUAAAUUAUAAGUUGAAAUAUUUGAUCAAUGAUCAUUGACAACUUAAAAGUUAAAAAGUGCUCAUCAUGUUGUUUUGUUUUCCCAACACAUGGUUUUCUUUUUGUUGUGUAUACUGAUGAACUAGAUAUUUCUCGUUUCCCUUUUGAGAAUGUUAUACAGCGGUUUUUGAUUUGGAUAGUUUAA